AAAGCCACGCCCAUCUGAGAACACCGCCUGGGGAGUGACGUCAUUUCUACCGACGCGUCCGCGCGUGUGCGCAUGCGCAGUGUCACAUCCACAGUGGACAUCUUGGAAUUAAAGGGGCGCCGAGCGAAUCCUGACAAAAGCGACGAUUCCAGGCCGCUCGUCCGCGGGAACAUGUCCACGAUGCUGUCUCCUCGUGAUGAGAAGCUGGAGAAGCUGUCGCAGGAGGAGAUCAUCUCCAACACCAAGCUGGUGAUCCAGGGUCUGGAGGCGCUGAAGAACGAGCACAACUCCAUCCUGCACAGCCUCCUGGAGACCAUCAAGUGCCUGAAGAAGGACGAGGAGGCCAGCGUGGUGCACGAGAAGUCCAGCCUGCUCCGGAGAUCUGUGGAGAUGAUCGAGCUGGGGCUGGGCGAGGCUCAGGUGAUGAUGGCUCUGUCCAAUCAUCUGAACGCGGUGGAGUCGGAGAAGCAGAAGCUGCGUGCUCAGGUGCGGCGCCUCUGUCAGGAGAACCAGUGGCUCCGAGACGAGCUGGCGAACACACAGCAGAAGCUGCAGAAGAGCGAGCAGAGCGUGGCACAGCUGGAGGAGGAGAAGAAGCACCUGGAGUUCAUGAACCAGCUCAAGAAGUACGACGAGGACGUGUCUCCCUCGGAGGAGAAGGACGGUGAGCCGCCCAAGGACUCUCUGGAUGAUCUCUUUCCUAACGAUGAGGAGGAACACACUCAAGGAAUGCAGCAGCAGCACAACAGUGCGGCGGUGGCGGCGGCGCAGCAGGGCGGGUACGAGAUCCCGGCGCGGCUCAGGACGCUCCAUAACCUGGUGAUCCAGUACGCGUCUCAGGGCCGCUACGAGGUGGCUGUGCCGCUCUGCAAACAAGCUCUGGAGGACCUGGAGAAAACCUCGGGACAUGACCACCCCGACGUGGCCACCAUGCUCAACAUCCUGGCACUCGUGUACAGGGAUCAGAAUAAAUAUAAAGAGGCGGCUCACCUGCUGAACGACGCUCUCUCCAUCAGAGAGAAAACUCUGGGCAAAGACCAUCCUGCUGUUGCAGCCACUCUCAAUAAUCUGGCAGUGCUGUACGGGAAGAGAGGCAAGUAUAAGGAGGCCGAGCCGCUGUGUAAACGAGCUCUGGAGAUCCGAGAGAAGGUGCUGGGGAAGGAUCAUCCUGACGUGGCGAAGCAGCUGAAUAAUCUGGCGCUGUUGUGUCAGAAUCAGGGCAAGUAUGAGGAGGUGGAGUAUUAUUACUCCAGAGCGCUGGAGAUCUACGAGCGUCGGCUCGGCCUGGACGACCCCAACGUGGCCAAAACCAAGAACAACCUGGCGUCCUGCUUCCUCAAACAAGGCAAAUACAAAGAAGCCGAGGUCCUGUACAAAGAGAUCCUGACCCGUGCUCACGAGAAGGACUUCGGAUCGGUGGACGCUGAAAACAAGCCCAUCUGGAUGCACGCGGAAGAGAGAGAGGAGAUGAGCAAGGGGAAACACAGAGACAACAUGCCGUACGGAGAAUACGGAGGCUGGUACAAAGCCUGCAAAGUCAACAGAAACGGGAUUCAACAAGAAUCCCCGACGGUCAACACGACGCUGAGGAAUCUGGGAGCGCUGUACCGCAGACAGGGCAAGAUGGAGGCAGCGGAGACACUGGAGGAGUGCGCCGUCAGAUCACGCAAACAGAGCAGCUCUGGUCUGGAUCCGGUCCAUCAGACGCGUGUAGUGGAGCUCCUGAAGGAGGACGGCCGGCGCAGCAGAGACAUUGUGUCUAGUGUGAAGUAUGAGAGCGGCUCUGAGGCCGGUGAUGAAGUGAGUAUGGCCAUAGAGUGGAGCGGGGCAUAAAGCCAUCCAGAGUUUGCUUCAUCUUCUUCCUCCUAACACAGGAAGGGCCGUGUUUGUUAGUUUCCUCUGGACAUUGAUCCUGGGCCACUGCGGGCAGAGGGACGCGUCUCUCCUCAAUCCUGCUUCUUCUGUUCUUUCUUCGGUUGACGUGACGUUGUCUUUGGGCUCUUCAUCUGCUUCUCUCUCUCUCAUCUCUGGUGUGUUGAUAAUCGAUGUCGACACUAUCAUCUAUCACCGUGGCCUCACUGAUGAUGUGCGAACUUUCAGACUGAACUCUUAAUUCUGCAGAUGUGAUGGUUUUGCUCUUUUUGCCGUCUGUGCGUUUGAGCAGCUUCUGCUGGUGAACAGUCAUUAGUGUUUCACAGAAACUUGCUCUUGUUACUUUUUAGGUUUUUGUAAUAUAUGAUAAAUGAUGAUUUCAUGUCGCUUGAGCACGACGCGAACAACACAAGACGAACAUCACAGGUGCUUUCUCUUCAGACGACGUGUUUUAUCUCUUGUGCUCAAGUGUCAAAGUUACGUUUACAGUGUUCACAUUAAUGCUUGCAGUGGGUUUGAUGCAUUACUCAGCAGUGGAUAAACUCGGGUUCUGUGAAUUAUAUAUCAAAUACCUAUGGAAGCUUGAUUCCGCCACACAAUUAAAGAAAUUAAAAAGGUUGUUACACCUUGUUAUCUCACAGUUCUGAGAUUAUAUCUCACAAUUCUGACUUUAUAUAAACUCUAAUCUCAGAAUUGCAAAACAAACUCAGAAUUUAAAAAUAUAAAGUCAUAAUUGCGAACAAACUUCGAAUUGCGAGACAAACUCAGAAUUGCGAAAUAAAUCUCAGAAUUGUGAACGAACUGAAAAUUGCCAAAUAAUUUAGAAUUGUGACAUAUAAACUCAUUACUGCGAAACAAACUCAUAAUUGCAAAAUAUAAACUCAUAUUUGCAAACAAACUUAAAAUUGCGAAAUAAACAACUCAUAAUUGAAUUGCGAAACAAACUCAGAAUUGCAAGAAAAAGGGUCUGAAUGCUGAGAUAAAAAUUAGCAUUUAUCUUUUUUUAUCUGGUGGCAUAAACAGGCUUGCAUAUGUAUCAGCUAAUUACACUAACGGGAAGUGCUCUUUGAUCUUGUGUG